CAGUGUUCAGCUCCCUAUGUCUUGACGCGACAUCAGCUUUCUCUCCCAGACAGCCUCUCGAUAAAACGCGGUUUUUCAUCUCUCUCAGCUCCGCCAUAAACCCUAGCUUUUUCUCUUUUCCUAUCUGUCUCUCUGAGUGCGUCCGCGAGCUGAGAAUCGAUUUACGAAUUGCGAUCGUCGGGGAAUGGAUGAUAAGGGGAAGUUCGAUCACCAUGACUUCACCGCCGAAUCAAGCGGCUGGGCGCUGCGAGGAGACGCCGACGGGGCGUACUUCUUCGGCGACGGCGGCGUGGAUAAGGAGGAGAGCAGCAUCCUGAGCGACUUCGGCUGGAAUUUUCAACCGCUCGACGGAAUUUCCGGCGGAGGCGGAGGAGGAGGAGGAGUUGGAGCGUUCGAUCUGAUCCACGCAGAUUUGGCGGGAAACGGUUGUGUUUCUGGUUCCGGCGGUGCUGAUGAGAGCCCUAGCGGCGAUGGAGAGGCGGCCGCGACUCAAGCCGAGCCGGCGACUUCCAGCUCCUCAGAGGAAGCGGCGGCGGUGGAGAAGCCCUCGUCCUCCUCGCGGCCGCCGCAGCCGCCUGCGGACACAACAAGUAGCAAAGCGAAAAAGAAGGGUCCGAAGCGAAUCAAGCAGCCGCGGUUUGCAUUCAUGACUAAAAGUGAAGUUGAUCACCUUGAAGAUGGGUACCGGUGGAGGAAAUAUGGUCAGAAAGCUGUCAAAAACAGCCCCUUUCCCAGGAGCUACUACCGCUGCACCAACAGCAAAUGCACGGUGAAGAAGAGAGUUGAGAGAUCCUCUGAGGAUCCCACGGUGGUGAUCACAACGUACGAGGGGCAGCACUGCCACCACGCUGUCGGCUUUAGAGGCGGGUUCAUAGGCCACGAGGCCUCGGCAUAUAUGGCCCGGUUGAACCCUUUAGCCGUGCAGUCAUAUCUACCCGGGCUCACCGGCCAAUCACAUACUCUACCCAUCCAAUUACAUCAAAACCUGACACACAACAUCGAAUCCCAUGACCCAAGCCGUCGCCCUACACCACCACAACUCCCUCCAGAUGAGGGAUUGUUAGGCGACAUGGUGCCUCCUGGGAUGUGGAACAAGUAAGAAGUGACCAAAUUGAAGAAGAUAAUGGAGGAGAUGAUGAUGGAUGUAUUAUACUUUAACUGCCGAUGGAGAAGAUAAUAGCAGCAUGCAGUCAGCAGAAGGCAAGUCCUUUUACGUAGUACUUGCCUAAUUAAGCCUUAGCUUAAUAAUAAUUUGGUUUAAUUAUAUAUAUAUAACCCUUGAUCAAUGCCAUAUAUGCAUGGAGGCAAUUAAGCAGCAGAAUUAGGUUAGUUUGCUUAUAAGGUUUAAUUUGUUUUGUAAUUUUUGAAUAUUUUUCUUCAUUGAAUUAAGGUUGAUAUGUCUGAUUAUUUAAUACUCGCUAUUCAGUAUAUUGAAAUAUACGGAGUAUAUUUUUAAUACCAACUAAAGUUUAAAAA